AUGUCUUUCCCUUCGAAACGUGUUGCUGUGAUCGGUGCAGGUAUUAGUGGUGUUGUUUCUGCGGCCCACCUCAAGAAGGAGAAUGUAGAUGUCACUGUUUUUGAGCGAAGCAGUGCUGCAGGAGGCAUAUGUCCAUGCUAUGUUGGCUUGAGAAACAACGUGAGCACACGCCUACUGCAAACCACGUUGAACCAAUUCCCCGCUGGAACUGAGGAUUAUGUGACGCACAAAGUUUUGGCAGACUAUAUACAAGAUACUGCCAUUUCAACAGGAGUGCAUGAGGUGACACAGUAUGACACAAAUGUAGAAAGUGUUUCGAAAAAAGGAGAAUCAUGGUCAGUUGAGACCACCACCUUCCAGACUGAUGCUACUGGCACAGUCAGGUGGAAAAAAUAUACUCAGGACUUUGAUGCCGUAGUUGUUGCCUCGGGCCACUAUCAUGCAGCAAGGGUUCCUGAUACGCCUGGUCUGGCAGAAUGGAAGAAGAAAUGGCCAGACAGGGUAGAGCACUCAAAACGCUAUCGAAGGCCUGAAAACCCUCGGAACAAGAACUUUCUACUUGUCGGCGGAAGCGUAUCAGCAACGGACAUUGCGCGCGAGCUCAGCCCAUAUGCAAACAAAAUCAUCCAGAGCCAAAGGAAUGGAAGGUUCGACCUUCCUUCUGUGAUGCUCCCCGAAAACGCCUACCAAGUCGACGAGGUGGUAUCAUACGAUGUGAGCGCUGUGGGUGAAUCAAAACCACUAGAUUCAUCAGAGCCAAUACCGGCUACAAUCACUCUGAAAUCGGGUGCGAAGAUCUGUGACAUUCAUCAUGUCAUACUCUGCACUGGUUAUCAUAUUACAUUGCCAUUUUUGCCUCAGCUCCAUGCCGACACCACGCCAGUCGACAAGGCAGAUGACACAGUACUGGUGACGGACGGAACGCAAUUCCACAACCUACACAAGGACAUCUUCUACAUCAAUGAUCCUACUCUGGUAUUUGUUGGCGUUCCUUUCUUCACUGCAACCUUUACCUUGUUCGAGUUCCAAGCUAUCGUUGUUGCAAAGGUACUCUCCGCUCAGGCGAAGCUUCCAAGCAAAGAGGCCAUGCGAUCGGAGUACAGCGAGAGAGUAAGGAGGAAAGGCUAUGGAAAAGCAUUUCACAGCUUGCGUGAUCAAGAAGCAGACUAUGUCAACGAGCUUCUGGCUUGGGUAAACGCUGAUCUAGAGAGGGCUGGCAAACAGAGGUUGAACGGGCACAGCAGUGAAUGGCAUACUGCACGAGCGGAUAGUUUAGCACGGAUGAAAGCCUUGUUUUCCAUGACGGGCCCUGAGAAGAGGCUCGAGGUAGCAUGUUCGUAG